AUGCUUGGCAAUUACGGCGUUGCUUUCACUUGUAGUGAAUGUGAUCAUUUUUUUCAAACACUCGAGGUCUUUGAGCGCCACAUAUGGAGCCGACAUCUACGCAAUUUCCCAUAUCGAUGUGCACAAUGUGGUUUCCCGGCUCUCAACGUGUCGACACUCAGUGAUCAUUACCUCGUCGAACAUGGAACGGCUCAUGCUCCGGAAUUUAAACGAAAAAUAGCCGAUGAACGCAAACUAUGGGGUAUCAUUUCGCAGAGUAUGCAUAUUGAGGUUGGGAAUAAUCCUUUCGAGGAAGACGGUGGGCCAAAUUAUGGUGUCUCUAAUGACUUUUCUUCGAACGAAAUCAGAGAAUCGGAACAUCGUCGUAACAAAGCCUAUUCAAGAGCUUCUGUGUGGCAGGUCGAUGCAGCGACUGGUGGUGAAAUGAAAAUUGUUUCCCACGAAUUACAAGUUCAACGACGAAACACAUGGGUCCAGCAAAUCGAUAGUGGAAUGCAAGGGAGUUUGCAAAAUGAAACGCUGGCAGUGCCACAUCUAGUUGACGACGUUUUUCAAUUACAACAGGUGGAAAAUCCAAUGCAUGCAAUUGAUGGAGAGGCGAUAGAACUUUCUAAUGAACCGCUUCGAUUGGAGGCCAAUGGAAGACCGGUGAUGAUUCUCCCCUCAUCUGGUGGAGGAAUUCAAAAUGAUGAGGACGAUAAUCUUACCGAGCAAGGAUCACGAAUUUCAGUUGCCGCCGAAGAAGAGGUUUUUGAGGAAGAGGGCGAAAUUCCGCCAAAUGACAACUCCAACAUUAUGAUGGAUGAUGGGGGACCGGGUACAAGUUACGAGGAUUAUUAUUCUGGCAAUGAUUAUGCAGAAGAAGGAGAAGCCUAUGAGUACGUGGAUGAUGAGGGGAAUCCAGUUUAUCUUGAAUCUGAAUUUAUGAACAAAGGCAGUCGCGACUUGCGGCUGAGCCUAUUAAAAGAUCGACACAUGGAGCUGAUUAUUCGAAAGAUUGCGUCGGGACCGAAAAAGCCACUCUCGAUGGGACAUCGUUGCGAGAUUUGUGGAAAAGUGAAUAAGUAUUUGUCGAAAGCGCUAGAACAUCAACGAUCGCAUACGGGAGAGAAGCCAUUUAAAUGCCCACAUUGUCGAGCUGGAUUUACGCAAAGAGGGGCACUCACAUCACAUAUUCGUCUUCAUACAGGAGAGCGCCCCUACAGUUGCAGUUGGGAAUGUGGCAAAACUUUUGUCUCAUCAUCAGCUUGUAAACUGCACGAGAAGUCGCAUGCUGGAGAGAAACGUUAUAACUGUGAAUCAUGUGGAAAACUCUUUGGUAAAAGGUAUCAUCUCGAGCGACAUUUGAAGACAGUCCAUUUUCGGCAGUAUAUGGCACGAAUUAAUGGUCUCCCACCACCACCGCCAGCAUUAGAAGGCCUAGCCGCGGCAGAGGAAGACGAGCCAAAAGUGCGGAAUGCUGUUCUAGCAGUUAUCGAUGCGGUACGAGAGGACAAGAUGCCAAAAGAAGCUCUGUUCAAACGACUGCAGGAAGAGAUU